UUCUAUGGGACAUUAUAGAGUUAGAAGUUAGAACUAAUCUAUAAUGGCCUUAUUUCCAGUGGCAAAAUCUCACUCUCUUUAAUUUUUGAACUCUAAUUUUCAGAUGAAAUGGAAGUGUUUUUGUUUGAUCUUCCUUAGAAAUUAAUGGGUUUUCUUUCUUUUUAGAUGUCGAUAAGUUGUACUGUCAAUAGGAUCCAGAGGAGAAUUUAUGUUUGUACAGACACCCUCAUGUUAGAUGGGUGAAAAUGUCUGCUGAUGAGGUACCACGAGAGGUUCCAGAGCCAGCAUUGGGCGUAAAUUUUAAAUUUUCAAAGGAUGGGAUGCAUUGGAAAGAGUGGUUUUCUCUUGUUGGCGUUCAUAGUGACUGUUGGUUGCUUGCAGUGGCUCUCUACUUUGGUGCUCGACUUAAUCGUAAUGAAAGGUGGACUAGCCCAAGAUUGAUGUUAGGAUUGAGCGUAUUGCAUUUAGUCCUGCACAAGUUUGAGACAUUGAGCUUUGUCUGGAUCUGUGGGCUGGUUCUAAUAACAUCUUAUCCCAGUUUCCAAUGGCAUUCUUUAGACAACCAAAAAGAAUCUCUGUUGAAGGACAUUGAUGGCAGAAAGCGGCUAUUUAGGAUAAUAAACGAUCUUCCAACCCUCUUUGAAGUUGUUAGUUGCUGGAUGCUCCCAAAAGAUAAACCAAGUGUGGAAAGUGGAGGCAAAUCCCGGAACAGCUCCAAGGUCAAGAUUCUCACUAGUCUCAGUCUGAUAGAACCAAUACAAAUUGGCAAAUUCAAACUUAUGUUUUACAUUUAUCUCUUAUUUGCUUGCACAAUUUUGGGCUCAAAACAUUCUCUCCCAUUGCGAAGAUGAAUUGAUGGAUCAGUGAGAAGCAAUACUAAGUUACUUGUGGAUCCUACAUAGGAUGAAGAUGAUGUGCACAACAAAACCUUUUGCAGAAGCUGUCUCUGAUAAGUUUUGGAUAGGUUGUGACAUUUGUGAGCAGUGGUACCAUGGAAAAUGUAUGUAGAUAACACCAGCCUAAGCACAAAGUAUUUAGCAGUAUAAAUGUCCUUGCUGUACAAAGAAGGGAAGGCAUUACAAACCUUCUUUUUCUACUCACUAAUGUUGUAGUAAAGUCAUGAUAGUUUAUUUAUGUAUUUUUUAUCUGCCUUUUCUGGGUUUCACAGCGCUAAAACAAUACAAAUGCUCUGUAGCAUUACUGGAUAAAAUGAAUAGCUGUUAAAUUUGCAUUAUCCUCUGUCUAAUUUGUUUACUUUGUCUUUGAAUUUCAGCUACAGCAUGCAUAGGAAUGGCCGCUGGAUCAUGAAUUGAAUCUGGUAAGCUGGAUUUCUUAUGAAAAAAUGUAAAUAGCUUGAUUUAAUUUCCUCAUGUUUCUGCAUUUUCCUGUCAAAUGGGAUCUUUAUGAGGAGGGAUUUUGGGAAAGACGUAGAGCUGGUGACUUGUAGAGUGUCUUAUCGAGAUUGAAUCCCAUAAAGAUCAGUCGACAUGUGUGGGGAGGUUACAGUAAUAAAAAUACCAUAUGUUUUGUCAAUUUCAUAUAAAGAUUAGGCAGUGAAAGCGAUAUCUUACUUAACUAAAUUAAAACGUGCUGAUUUAUGGCUGCACGUGGUGAUUUGAC